AUGUCGGAUGUCAGAUGUCAGAAUGCCAUCUUGGUGCAUGAUCGGCUUAAGAUAAUUGACUUUGAAGGUUGUAGCAUCGAUGGUGCUGGGGUGGGUUCCUGUUACGGGUGGUUCAGUUAUCGACGAUCAACACCGAGUACAAGCAUACAGACCGACAUUUUCGCAUUUGGAUGCAUGAUCUACGAAGUCAUGACUGGCCAGCCUCCUCAUGAAGACCUCAUGGCGAACGAGCAUCGAGCACAGCCCGUCGAGCAACGAUACGCCGAAGGCCAAUCUCCUGAUGUUGAAAGCCUGCCUUUGGGAGACUUGAUACACAAAUGUUGGCAUGGCACUAUCGGUUCAACGCAAGAAGUGGGCAAGACAUUACAAGUCGCAGAUCGUUGGCAUUUGGGAUGA